AUGGACUACAUACUCGACAACGUAGGCGAGUGGAAGGACCGCCUGGUCAACAACUCGAUCAAGUCUUUCGAGGAGAUGACUGCUCAGCGCUGGGUCCGCAUCAUCGCCAUCGUAGGCGCGUACCUCCUCAUACGGCCAUACCUACUCAAUGCCGCUGCCAAGAAGCAGAAACAACAACUAGAGAAGGAAGCUGAAGAUCUGGGUCUGGGCAAGAGCGAAGCGCUAGACGCGAAUGACUUCAGGGGCAGCGGUGUCCGGGUGAAGAAGGGCGAAGCGAAGAAGAAAGAGUAG